UGAAUAUACCACCAUAUACUCCAUACAGCAGGUUGGAACUGACCCAAAAUUAAUUUGUCAUCCUCCCAAUGAUUAGUUAGUUAACUAUAACUAGUUAACUAUCCAGAAUAUUCUCUAUGAUUCUUCAGUUAACCCUCACGGCCUCUGAAGAUAGGUCGUUGUUGUUCAACCUGAUCAUUGAUUGUACCACUUGCCCCACACGAGUCCAAGCUGUACAAAUGUAUCCCUGAUCUCCAUCCCGCAUCAUGUGUCGGUCGCCUUCCUUGCCCAAUGCUAAUGCUGAUCUCGCUCCCUUGAAUUUCUCCCCUUUCCCUUGAUUUCAUUUAUCCUGUCUAUAACCUUCCUUCACAACAUACAUUGUAAGAUGAGAAUCCGAAUCCGUGGACCUUCGGGUCAGUUCGCCGUUACCCUCAGUGACGAUGCUACUGUCAGCGACCUCCAAGCACAGAUCAUCGACAAGACAGGGUUGACUGUAUUUGAUGUGAAAUAUGGGUUCCCAAAUGUGAAGACACUGUCGCUGAACGAGUUUGAAUCGCACCAGAAGCUCACAGAGCUCGGAGUCAAUCUAAAUGGCGAACAGCUCAUCAUUACAGGGCGAGAAGGCCGGGCGCAAGACCACCAAGACACGAUCAAGAAGGAAGUGCCGCCGCCUACCUCCUCUACCGUUACCCCACCAUCCCCGAAGCUGUCGUUGUCGCGCAAGCCGAACGAGAGCAUUUCGAAUGAUCCGCCAGAAGUGCCGUCGCCAGACCAUGGAGGAACCUUUGUUCUACGAAUUAUGCCUGAUGACAACUCAUGUUUGUUUCGCGCGGUGAGCUCCGCAGUCAUGGGCGACAUGGAUACCAUGACCGAGCUCCGUUCUAUCGUGGCGCAGACGAUCCAGGAAAAGCCCCUGGAGUAUAGCGACGCGGUUCUAGAAAAACCCCGGGAUGCGUAUUGCCGCUGGAUUCAGAACGAGGAUUCUUGGGGCGGAGGUAUCGAGCUGAGCAUUUUAAGUCAACAUUUCGACAUCGAGAUCUGCUCCGUCGAUGUCAAGACGCUUCGCAUAGAUCGUUUCAAUGAAGGCCAAAGCAAACGAUGUAUCCUGGUGUACUCGGGAAUCCACUAUGAUACGAUUGCUUUGUCUCCCUCCGAUCCUCCCUUUACCCAUGCAUAUGCACCUCCCGAAUUUGACCAGAAAGUAUUCGAUGCAGCAGAUGAACUGGCUCUGGACCGGGCGCUGGUUCUCUGUAAGAAGUUACAGGAGAAACAUUAUUAUACUGAUACGGCCGGUUUCCGUCUCCGAUGCAAUGUGUGUGGUGGGACAUUUAUUGGUGAGAAGGGUGCGACUCAACAUGCAGAGCAAACGGGGCAUGUUGAUUUUGGUGAAGCAUGAGCAUGAAUGGGUAGUUGUCCAGACGGAUAUAUAUAAAAUGCGCCUAUAAUAUAUACUUCUCUGUACAUAAUUGUCUUUUUCUGGGAAAAACUUCGCCUCCCAAUAG